AUGUACAAGGUUUUCACUGUCAUCCUUCUACUUUUUAUUGGAGUAUCGAGUGCAACUCGUUCAUUUAAUACUCCAUCAAAUAAUUUACAACGUCUUACAUCUGAUCACCGAGAUAAAAACGUUGGUUUUGAUAUUUGUUCAACAUGUAUCGAUGAAGCUGUAACUGUACUCAAUGUUUUACUCCAAGCCAUUCUUGAUGAAGGAAUUUAUGCAACUUGUGGAGAUUUAUGUGGUAUUGUUGCUAACAAAACAUCCCCAUUUCUUGGUAAAGUAUGCGAUAUAGCAUGUGAUGCUGCUGGUGCUCUCGAAUUUAUUCAUUUAAUAGUUAAAGCUGAUCUUGAUCCAAUUUGGUAUUGUGAAAUGGCUAAAAUGUGUGAAAUUAAUGAUCAUGGUGAUGCUAAAUUUACAAACUUUGGUGUUUAUCCAAAUAUUGGUCCACAAGGUACACAAUUUGAAAUUGAUUGUUCAUUCAAAUCUUUAAAUGGAACUGGUACAAGUAUGUUACGUUUUAUAAUGGCUGAUUCUCACAAUCAAACAAGUGAUAAUGAUUUUUUGAUUGAUGCAAAAAAACCCGGUACAUAUACUGAAAAAAUUGGUCUUAUAACUGCAAGCGCAUGGAAUUGUGAUCCAGUCAAAGGACUUUGUGAUGAUUUUCCAGUUGGUACUUACAAUGUGACUGUACAAUUCUGUAAUGGAGAAUGUGGUUCACAUCAUCCUCAUUCAAGCACAUACGAUGUCGGUCAAGCUCAAUUUACUGUUACAAAAAAGAAAUAA